AUUACUUUCAGUUUUAGCAUUGAGUUCCUGUUGUUGGUUUCAGCGAUGGCGGCUGCUGAUCUGAGAGUGGAUAUAACCUGCCCGCUGUGCUGGGAGAUUUAUACAGAGCCUGUAACACUACCGUGUGGCCAUAACUUCUGUCUCAUCUGUAUUGAGAGAACAUGGGAAGAGCAGAGGAACAUAGAGGAAGAUCCUUCCUGCCCUGAAUGCAGACGGACAUACAGGAGACGCCCUGAACUGAACAGAAACCUCAGGCUUCGUGACAUAGUCAAACAUUUUCUUCCCUCCCAACCAGAGCCGGAGGGUGUACUUUGCACUUACUGUGACUUUCCUAUACCUGCUGCUAAAUCCUGCCUGCACUGUGAGGUUUCUCUAUGUGCUCACCAUUUGCUAAAGCACAGCAUAUCUGAGAAACACACCUUAACUCAACCAACCAAACCAGAGGAAAGAAAAUGCUUCAUCCACAGAAGAAACCUACACUUUUACUGCACCGAGCAUGAUGACUAUUUCUGUUCAUCCUGUUGGCUGGCCGGAGAGCACAGGGGCCACAAGGUGGAGCUGUUGAGUGAGGCUGAGAAAAAGAAAGAAAAACUGAGGAAAGUUCUGGUGAAACUGAGCCCAGAAAGAAACGAGAUUGAAAGACAAAUCCAGCACCUACAAGAUCAAAUGAGAGAAAGCCAAGAAAAAGCAGCUGGUGAGAGAGAGAGAGUCACCAACCUGUUUAGAGACAUCAGGGAACAGUUGGAAGCUUUAGAGAAGAGACUCCUGAGUGACAUCUCCAGGAAACAAGAAGAACUUUCCCUCUACUGCCAUCAUCUAAUCCAGCAACUGGAAAAAGAAAACAAUGAGACGUUCUGGAAUAUCCAUUGCCCUGAGAACUACCUUAGAAUGAGUUAUCCAUUGGUAGGGGCUGAUAAAUGGCAUUCUACAGGAACCAGUUUUUUUGGGGCAGACCUAAGAGAUAAUAGUUUCCAAGAAAGUGAACUUGGUUUUAGGACAUUGAUAUCAAUGAAUUUAUAUGCAGGAUUAGAUGAGAUUGUGGCAGCUGUGAAAGGAAAGAUCAAUGGACAGCAGGUUAAAGAUACGUUUCCAGACAUAAUUGGGAAAAAAACGACUUCUUGCCCCUCCACCCCACUAACACAAAGGAAGUACCCACAAACCUCAAAUGUAUUUCAAAUUAAUCCAGAUUUAACAACCAGGAGUUUAACUCAUAGUAGAGUUUACUGGUAGUUGUAGGGCAGCUAUGUCAGACUGGGCUUUCUCUGGCCCACCAGAGUACCUGAUACCUAGGGCAGGACUCACUUUAAGAACCGUUAGAUUUAGGGUUAUGACCAACGGCGAGAUUUGUUGUUGUGAUAAAAAUACAUGACUAUGUGCGACAAAUCUCAUAAAAAAUGCUUCUACACUGGCAUUAAUUGGAAUCACAUGUGGUUAAACCUACACAUUGCUUCAUUCUUCCUAUUUGUGGAGAAAUUUCAGGCAACUUUCGGACACAUGGGCUUUACCAUCAGCAAUUUCAAUUAUCAACUUAAUGGGACCUUUAUUACAGGUUGCUACUAUGAAAACGGGAAAGCUGCUGGCCAUUCCCGCCAUUGGAACUCAGUGGAAGCAGGUCUAUUCAAUUCUUGAGGGCAACAAAUCAUGCCAGUCUGGGCACUAGCUAAUUGGCACUUAUAUUCCUGCCUUCACUGAGCCCUGAGACCCAGGCAUCUUCUUUUAGAUGACUUCCUUCUGGCCACAGAUGUGAGGUGAGACAUGACUAGGGAGAAGAAUAGAGCCUCCAGAUAUGUGUUCUUUAUGGGAUUAUGGAAAUUGUAGCUUGGAAAGGUUUGUAAAGUAGUGGGGCAAGAUAUCCUACUAACUUUGGAGAAGCUAGGCCAGCAGAGGUAGCAGACAUCUUCCUGACAUCCCAUUUCUUGUUCUUGGAGUGGCUGUUGAGUUAUCAAGAGUCAGGAUGUCUUCUCACAGCUGUGGAUGUGGUUGGGCUGCCCUAAGGAGUAGUCAGAAUGUGGGGAGAGGAGACAGAAUGAAGUGUAGCUCAGGUGUGAGAAAUAGGCAUGGGGCUUGGUUAGAAUUAGAAGCCCUAGCAUGUUGGUAUGUUGGAAAGGUUAGGUGGUUGAGACCUGGUGUCAGGUUUGGGAAACUGAAUUGUUAUGUGCUUCUAUGCAGCCAGCAAUGGCUUAUAUUCAUAAUUAUCACUUAUUCAAGAAGUAUUAUUCUGGUUGGUUAAAGGGGUGGUUCACAUAUUUCAAUAAUGAUAAUAAUAGUGUAAUAAUUGAGAAAUAGAGAAUAGAACCGAGAGGUAUAAUCUGUUUAUAUUUUAUUGUAUAUUAUUUUAGUCUUCUACAAUGUAUUUACAUCUCAUUCCACUUAUGUGCACAACUAAGGUUUGAUUCUGAUAAUGAUAAUGUAGUCCAAAGCUGUACAGUUGCUUUGCACACAUCUCUUAUUUGAAGCUUUAGCAUAGAUUUGCUACAAUGUACAGUGUACAGAUUACUACCUGUGAUACUAGCAGUGAAAUGUAUAAACAGUGCUUUGAAUGUAUAUGUAUGCAAUAUAACUAUAUGAAAAUCAAUAAAAACAGAAAAAGGUCAUAUUAAAUUUUCA